AUGUCACAAAUGGUAGAUAAAACGGAGGAUGUUGAAAUCAAACAUACCAACCAAGAUAAAAAGAACCCAAAAAACACUAGAUUGGGAUGGAAGUCAAGAUGCAGAGAAAUGCAAGCAGUUCGUUGGGGAAAGAAAGGCAAAUCGGCCGGAGAAAACGAUAACGAAAGAGGAAGAUUUGUGGAAGAAGGACCGUCAAACGAAGAAUUUGAAGCAUACUAUAAGCUUCAAAGGAUCUGCAAAGAAGAGGAAUGGGAUGUGUUUAUGGAAUACUCAAAGAAGCUUCUUCCAGUGUCGUUUCGAUUGAACACAAGCGCGUUACUGUGGAAGUCGGCGAGAGAAAGGCUGAUCAGAAUGUGUGACAGCGAAGAGUUGGAGCUGAAGCCGUGCGUGGACUACAGGCUAGAGUACUUGAAGGACGAAGAAAACUACAACGUCUUCUACCAAAUGAAGGCAGACAGAGGCUCUUUGAGAAAAAAUGAAAAGUUCACUAGCUUUCACCAAUUCCUGAUGAACGAAGAUAACAGAGGCUCGCUGUCGAGACAAGAAACAGUAAGCAUGCUGCCAGUGCUGUUCCUGGACCCGAAGCCAAACGAAAAUAUUUUGGACAUAUGCGCAGCACCAGGAAUGAAGUAUCUGCAAAUAGUGGACAUGGUUGAAAGUAGGUUAAAGUGGGAAAAAAUGGAUAGUUUGGAAAACAGAGGAAUGAUCAUAGGGAACGAUGUGAGUCAAUCGAGAGUAUCAACACUGGCGCACCACCUGAAGACAAUUAACUCGCCAUCAACAGCAGUGACGAACUACGACGCAACAAGGUUCCCGAACAUGUACAACAAGAAAGGAAAACAGAUACUCUUCGACAAGAUAUUGGCAGAUAUGCCGUGCAGCUGCGACGGAACGAUGAGGAAGUCGAUGGACAUAUGGAUAAACUGGAAGGCAACGAACGGAUUGCACCUGCACAAAGUACAGCUGGCAAUAUUGAAGAGAUCAAUAGAAUUGCUGAAGCCAGGAGGAGAACUGAUAUAUUCAACAUGUUCACUGAAUCCACUGGAAAACGAGGCGGUGGCAAACUACUGUGAAUCGAGCGAAGAAGUGGAGUUGGUCGGCCUGGAGCCAAUUAAAGGAUUCAAAUUUGAAACAGGACUGUUGGAUUGGAAAGUCCCAGACCUGAAAGGAGGAUACUACUCAGACUUCGGAGAAGUGGACGCAAGUUUAAAGGAGAGAAUCAAGGAAACAAUGUUCAAAAACAGCGACUGGAAGGAGGAAAUCGCAAAGAAGGUCAUGAGAGUACUGCCGCAUUACAAUAACACGGGAGGAUUCUUCAUAUUUAAAAUUAGAAAGAAGGGAAGAGUGGAUCCAUGUGAAGGUGAAGCAGAAACAAAUAACCACAUUGUUGUCGAAGAGGAGUACGAUGAGAGGAAGGUAGAGAGGAAAAAGUCGAGAGGAGCGAAACUGUUGCACGAAUACACGCCGUUCAGAGGAGAAGAACACGACGAAAUCAUGGACUACUACGGGAUAAAAAAGGAGUUGAACUUCGUGAUAAAGUACUCGAGCGACAAGAGCGUAUACCUGGUGUCAAACUCAGAGUGGAUUAGACCAUAUAAGAGGAAUAAAAUUAAUAAGUAUGAGCAGUGUAAGUACGCGUCGCUGGGAACGAGAGUGUUCACGAGGCUGGAAACAAAGCAACAGACACAAAGUCAAUUUAGAAUCACACAGGAAGGAUCGGAAGUAUUACACAGAUACGCAACUAAGAGGAAAAUAGUGUCAAACGUGACUUUCCUUAAGGCACUGCUUAACGGAACAGUGACCUACGAGGAGCUGAAGGCGCACGAGCGUGGAGGAAACGCAGUGUUGAAGGGCCUGAAGGACGCAGAGGGGAACGUGGUGAGCGGGCCACUGCUGAUAGUGUCGAUGCUGGAGGACGUGGAGGUGGGCGCCGAAGCCAAUUACGAGGACCGGGAGUACGUCACGCUGGCAGCAGUGGCAAUCAACGCGAAGCUGCACCUGUACGUGAAGGAGGAGACGCUGAAGUCACUAAAGCUACUCUUGUAA